AUGGAGAAGAGGAGCUAUUUUUCUGUUUAUGACAAGUGCACCGAGCACAGUGAUCAGGUGCAGAUCUUCAUGGGCGCAUUUUCUUCCCCAGCUUUCGAGGAGCUUUGGGGACAUUGCUUCUGGGACAGAGCAGCCCUGGAAGAAGAGUGUGUGUUGCAUAGCAUAGGUGUUUGGAUCUCUGUUACUGGGAGCAGAGAUGGUGCCAAGGCUGGGACUGCAGGGUUUGGUGUGAGGAGGAACGGCCCACGAUCGCGGCCUGACGGGGUGGUGAGAAGCAGACCAGCAGUUUGCGGCAAGACCACGGAGGGCGGUGGGGGAAGCGGCAAAAAAACCACGGGGGGAGGCGGGGGUUGGCCGGCUUUUUUGGCCGGUGGAGCUGGUUACUCGCACGCGGAUUUGGCCAGCGUCCCGCUGACAGGUAUGAAUCCUCUGUCUCCUUAUUUAAAUAUAGGUCCACGGUAUCUCGUGCAGGAUACAGAUGAGUUUAUUUUACCAACUGGAGCUAAUAAAACCCGGGGCAGAUUUGAACUCGCCUUCUUUACCAUUGGAGGAUGUUGUAUGCCAGGGGCGGCUGCAUUUGGGGCAAUGAACGGUCUACGGCUAGGAUUGGAAGAAACCCAGAACAUGGCCUGGUCCAAACCAAGAAACGUACUGAUUUUGAACAUGGUGACCAAGCAAGGGGCACUUUGGGCUAAUAAUACUCUAGGUUCUCUGGCUUUGCUUUAUAGUGCAGUUGGUGUCAUCAUUGAGAAAACACGAGGUGCAGAAGAUGACCUCAAUACAGUAGCAGCAGGAACUACGACGGGCAUUGGUCUUCGAGGGGUAGCACGAGGUGGUCUAACAGGACUAACACUUACCAGCCUCUGUGCACUAUACAGCAACUGGGAGCACAUGGAAGGCUCCUUGCUCUGA